AUGGAAGUGGCUUCACUUAUCUUGAUUGUGAUGAUGGUUGAGAACAUAGUGGGAGAGAAUAGGUUAAUAGAAAAGCAGCUCUCUAAGGUUCUUUACCUUAACUUCUCAGUCACUUUUUCUUAUCAACCUUAUGGCUUGAACGAAUCAGCUGGUUAA